AUGGAGGAUGUUUAUUGUCCUAAAGGGAGAUCAAGACGGAGAUUGGAAUCAUUCACAUUCUUGCACUACUUUAAGGUAGAGUUAUUUAAUAGAGUGAUAAAUACUCAGGUUCAAGAGUUGGGUGAUCGAUUUGAUAAUGUCAAUACCAAGUUGCUUGAGUGUUUGAGUUGUCUUCAUCCUCAUGAUUCAUUUUCUACUUUUAACAAAGAAAAGUUGAUUGAGUUUGCUAGAUUUUAUCCUUUGGAGUUUGAUGAGCUUGCAAAUAUUCCUUUUCUUUCUUCAAGUCUCAGUAAUUUUAUUGUUGAUGUAAGAGCUGAUUCUGAUUUUGUCAAUUUGAAAAGCAUUUCUGACCUAGCUUUGAAGAUGGUUGAGAAGAGAAAGAAUAUUGUUUAUCUAAUGGUCUAUUUGUUGAUAAAGUUGACUCUCCUUCUAUCGGUCGCAACUGCUAAUGUUGAGCGAGUUUUUUCUGCAAUGACUUUUGUCAAGGAUAAGUUGCACAAUCGGAUAAGUGAUUAUUGUUUUAACGCAUGCAUGCUAACUUAUGUUGAACGUGAUAUAUUUGAGAAGAUUGAUGAUGAAGAUAUAAUGCAAUAUUUUCAAGCAAGAAGAAUCGAAGAAUGCUUUUGUAAUUGUUCUAUUGUAAUAGCUUAG